AACUAUGAAAUAAUAAUCGUAGUAUUAAAGGCAGAGAUCGGGGCAAGACAAUGGGGAUGUUGGCGAGGGAGCCCCGAUCCGGAUUAGAAACACCUCCCAGCCCCGCAGAAUAAUACUGAUCGCGCCCCCUCCGCGCGCUCCCUCCCCCGAGUGCGGAGCGGGAGGAGGCGGCGGCGGCGGCCGAGGAGGAGGAGGAGGCCCAGGAGGAGGAGGCGUUGGAGGCCAAGGAGGAGGAGGAGGAGGCCGCGGAGGAGGAGGAGGCCGAGGCGGAGGAGGAGGAGGAGGAGGCCGGGCUCGGGAGGCAGCAUGAGCCGAGCGCGGCGGCCGCCGCUCUUCUCGGCUGCGCUCGUUGCCCAUUGACAGCGGCGUCUGCAGCUCGCUUCAAGAUGGCCGCUUGGCUCACAUUCAUUUUCUGCUGAACGACUUUUAACUUUCAUUGUCUUUUCCGCCCGCUUCGAUCGCCUCUCGCCGGCUGCUUUUUCCGGGAUCUUUUAUCAAGCAGAAAUGCAUCGAACAACCAGAAUCAAGAUCACUGAGCUCAAUCCCCACCUAAUGUGUGUGCUUUGUGGAGGGUACUUCAUUGAUGCCACAACCAUAAUAGAAUGUCUACAUUCCUUCUGUAAAACGUGUAUUGUGCGUUACCUGGAGACCAGCAAGUAUUGUCCUAUCUGUGAUGUCCAAGUUCACAAAACCAGACCACUACUGAAUAUAAGGUCAGAUAAAACUCUUCAAGAUAUUGUAUACAAAUUAGUUCCAGGGCUUUUCAAAAAUGAAAUGAAGAGAAGAAGGGAUUUUUAUGCCGCUCAUCCUUCAGCUGAUGCUGCCAAUGGUUCUAAUGAAGAUAGAGGAGAAGUUGCUGACGAAGAUAAGAGAAUUAUAACUGAUGAUGAGAUAAUAAGUUUAUCCAUUGAAUUCUUUGACCAGAACAGAUUGGAUCGGAAAAUAAACAAGGACAAAGAGAAAUCUAAAGAGGAGGUGAAUGAUAAAAGAUAUUUACGAUGCCCAGCAGCAAUGACUGUAAUGCACCUAAGAAAGUUUCUCAGAAGUAAAAUGGAUAUACCUAAUACUUUCCAGAUUGAUGUCAUGUAUGAAGAGGAACCUUUAAAAGAUUACUAUACACUAAUGGACAUUGCCUACAUUUAUACCUGGAGAAGGAAUGGCCCACUUCCUUUGAAAUACAGAGUUCGACCUACUUGUAAAAGAAUGAAGAUCAGUCAUCAGAGAGAUGGACUGACAAACACUGGAGAACUGGAAAGUGACUCUGGGAGUGACAAGGCCAACAGCCCAGCAGGAGGGAUCCCCUCCACCUCUUCCUGUUUGCCCAGUCCCAGCACUCCAGUCCAGUCUCCUCAUCCUCAGUUUCCUCACAUUUCCAGUACUAUGAAUGGAACCAGCAGCAGCCCCAGCGGUAACCACCAAUCUUCGUUUGCCAAUAGACCUCGAAAAUCAUCAGUAAAUGGGUCGUCAGCAACUUCAUCUGGUUGAUACCUGAGACUGUUGAGGGAAAAAAAAUUUUAAACCCUUGAUUUAUAUAGAUAUCUUCAUGCCAUUACAGCUUUAUAGAUGCUAAUACAUGUGACUGUCGUCCAGUUUGCUUUCUUUUGUAGUGAAGUUAAAUUUGACUAUGAAAGAUGGACUAGAUGUGAUAUCCAUAUGGACGUUAAUGGAAAAGAAAGAUCAUUUCUCGAAAGAAUUAGUUUCAGAGAAAGCAGGCAAGAUGUUUUUCUGUGUUAGGACCGAUGUGAAAUGGUUUCUGUCACCAUUGUUUGGAUUUGAAAAUCUUCUGCAGUGGAUAUAAACAUUGGGCCGUAGUUUGUUAAUCUCAACUAACGAAACCUCCAUUACAUCCUCCUUGAUUGUUCUUGUUAUUAUGCUGUUUUGUGAACCUGUAGAAAACAAGUGCUUUUUAUCUUGAAAUUCAACAAAUGGAAAGAAUAUGCAUAGAAUAAUGCAUUCUAUGUAGCCAUGUCACUGUGAAUAACAAUUUCUCGCAUAUUUAGCCAUUUUGAUUCCUGUUCGAUUUUUUACUUCUCUGUUGCUACGCAAAACCGAUCAAAGGAAAGUAACUUCAGUUUUACAAUCUGUAUGCCUAAAAGCGGGUACUACCGUUUAUUUUACUGACUUGUUUAAAUGAUUCGCUUUUGUAAGAAUCAGAUGGCAUUAUGCUUGUUGUACAAUGCCAUAUUGGUAUAUGACAUAACAGGAAACAGUAUUGUAUGAUAUAUUUAUAAAUACUAUAAAGAAAAUAUUGUGUUUCAUGCAUUCAGAGAUGGUUGUUAAAAUUCUCCCAACUGGUUCGACCUUUGCAGAUACCUACGUUUGAGCCUUAUCAGCAUAGAAUAUUUUUAACGUGGAUAUCUAAUUCUAACUUCUGUUCCAUUGGAAGCAAUUGGCAUUAUUGUCAUAUGGAUUUUUCUCUAGUAAUACCUUUUACUUUUAAAUUUAAUUGCUGCAUUAAAGGAAAACUUUUCACUAAGGGAUUUGGAAAUGCUGUCGUCAUUUCCUGUUGCUUACGAUGGUAAUUAAUGUGUUUUUAACAUGUAUAUUGAUCACUGUAAUUCUAAGACCGAUUUUUAAAUAAGCCAGGUUGCUGGAGAAAGAAAAUUUUUAUCUAAAAUUAUUUUAAUAUGUGGCAUAGUGGAAAUCUCAAAUUUAAGAAUUGCUUUUACAAUUAUAAACAGUGGAAUAUACCCUCUCUGUAACAUCUGGAAAUAGAAGCAAUUUAUUGUGAGCUUCUACAGGUAGUUUUGAAAUAGAGUGAGCAUGUUGAAUUUAAAAUAUGAAUAUGUCCCUCCAAAUUUUCAGAUUGUGUUUUGCUUUGGUCGAACUUGGUGUGUGUUCAUCACCCAUCAGUUAUUUGUGAGGGUGUUUAUUCUCUAUGAAUAUUGUUUCAUGUUUGUAUGGGAAAAUUGUAGCUAAACAUUUCAUUGUCCCCCGUCUGCAAAAGAAGCACAAUUCUAUUGCUCUGUCUUGCUUAUAGUCAUUAAAUCAUUACUUUUACAUAUAUUGCUGUUACUUCUGCUUUCUUUAAAGAUACAGUAAAGUUUUAUGAAACCACAAAAUACAUAUAUUUUUAUUUUGACCUAAAUUUGUACAGUCCCAUUGUAAGUGUUGUUUCUAAUUAUAGAUGUAAAUUUAAAUUUCAUUUGUAAUUGGAAAAAAUCCAAUAAAAAGGAUAUUCAUUUAGAAAAUUGCUAAGGCUUUAAUAAAAAUUUGAUAUGAAAAGCACAAUGUGCAGAAGUUUUGGAAACCCUGUUGUAGAUUACACCAGGUAAAGGCUAAAGAACAUCCAUUGCUGUCUUAGUGAUGUUGCUGAGAGUACAUGCUUUGUUGUAUAAUUGCUUGAAAGCCCAAUGGAAAGAUGUAUCUGUUUAUUUACUUUAUAAUCUUUGAAGUAAAAGUUACUCAUGUUUGCCAA